AUGGUUCACCAACACGGAGACGAGCAUGACAUUCCCGAGGGACAUCUCAUUGAUAGACCUGGAGCAUGGCUUCCAGCAGACCACCGUAUCCAAAAGGAGUGGCUAGGUCGUCAAAUUGACGAGGCGAAGAAGAACCCCAAGGAGCUCGCGCCGGUCCUCCAGGAAUUCAAAGACUUUAUCGAGAGCAACUCCCGGGUUUACAUGUGGUUCAAUUCGAUGUUCAACGAGGUUCCAAACAAGAAGCCUUACGAUAAGGAUCCCACAGGCCACAAGCAGAUCCGAGACUAUCGCCAUAUGCUGGAGGUGUUGAACCACACCUUCACCACUGCUCCUCGCUGGACUGACAAAGCGGCGAACGUGGGCAUGGUUGGUGUGCCGAUGUGUGCCAUCUUUGAUUAUCCCAUGGCAACCGCCUCGGGCUUCGCGGCCUUUUUAGAUCCCGAAGUCAAUGCCCAUCUCAAGAAGAUUCUCAAUCACUGGGGUGAAUUUCUAAAGUCUCCCGCUUCGGCUGACGUUUUGAAUACCGGCAAUGGAGGAUGGUUCGGUCAACACGGCAAGAAAGAUAUGAUGGAGGUUGCCAACAAAGCGGUGGGCACGACCGAAUACGCCUUUGAGGAUUUCUUCAUCUGCCCUGAUCCCAAGGCCAAGCACCAUGGAUUCAAGAGCUGGGACCACUUUUUCACUCGUCAGUUCCACGAGAAUGUGCGCCCUGUUGCGUCUCCGGAUGAUGAUAAUGUCAUUGUCAAUUGCUGCGAGAGCAAGGUCUUCGACUUGCAGAGAAAAGUCAAGCUUCGGGAUCGCUUCUGGAUCAAGGGACAACCAUAUAGCCCUCUUGAUAUGCUCGCUCACGAUCCUCUGGCCCAAGAAUUUGCAGGUGGCACUGUCUACCAGGCCUUCUUAUCAGCAUUGAGCUACCACAGAUGGCACGCGCCCGUCUCCGGCACAAUCAAGAAGGCGUUUGUGCAGGAUGGCACAUAUUUCUCCGAGCCAUUGUUCGAGGGCUUGGGCGAUCCGACGACCCAGGAAAUCGACACUGACGGUAUCAGUAAAGGUCAAGGAUACCUCUCAGCCGUUGCCACUCGUGCCAUUAUUUUCAUCGAGGCCGACAACCCCGCCAUUGGGUUAAUGGCAUUUGUGGGGAUCGGCAUGGACGAAGUCAGCACUUGUGAGAUAACCGUGAAAGAAGGAGACAAGGUCAAGAAGGGACAGGAAACCGGAAUGUUUCACUUUGGUGGAAGCUCUCACUGUCUGCUGUUCCGAAAGGAUGUCAAGCUAGAAUUCACGGUUUCGAGAGACCGCGUGGAGAAUGUGCCAGUUAGGUCUCAUCUGGCGACUGUGACUGCAUGA